UUUGAAAACAGCAUGUUACUGUAGAAGCCGCGUAUUUAUAUGAUGCUGUCAUGCUGUAUGCCGAAUCCUUAGCAAAAGUCUUAGAAGCUGAAGAAGAUCCCAAAAAUGGAACAAAUAUUAUACAAAAUAUAAUCAAGAAGAAAACUUAUCAAAGCAUUACUGGUGUCUGGAUGAGGAUAGAUGAAAAUGGCGAUGUUGAAAAUAAUUACACUGUUUUAGCAAGGCAAAAUAGCCCUACUAAAGUACUUUCUGAAAAAGUAGAUUUAAUAUACCAAUACACAAUGAUGCCAGUUGGAAAUUUUUAUUACCAAGGAGACGAAUUGGAACCGAAGUUAAGGCUGGAUAAGACGAUAGAUUGGAUCGGUGGUGAACCUCCUUUAGACGAACCACCCUGUGGAUAUAAUAACAACCUGUGUUCGACGCCUUCUGAUAAAAAUAGGGAAAUAAUAGCGGGAGUAUUGGGUAGCAUUCUCUUAUCAGUGUGUUUGAUAACAGCUAUAACCUACAGGAAUUGGAAAUACGAACAAGAAAUCGCUGGUCUUCUAUGGCGGAUAACAUUCGACGAUAUGCAUAGACAAACAUCAAAUGGUCUUCUCUCAUCCAACAGCAGAUCUAGUUUAAGUCAGAUGUCAGUAGAAUCGAAAACAGCGGGACAAGUGUUUACUCAAAUCGCUCUGUAUCGAGGAAUGUGGGUGGCAGUUAAACAAUUUCAUUAUCAUAGAAGGAUUGCUGAUUUAUCUAGAGAUACUAAGAAAGAAAUGAAAAUCUUAAGAGAAUUACACCACGAUAACAUAAAUCCUUUCAUCGGUGCUUGUAUUCAAGGUAACUGCAUCUACAUUGUGACAGAAUACUGCAUGAAGGGUAGUUUGCAGGAUAUUCUAGAAAAUGAAGACUUGAAACUGGAUAAAAUAUUCAUAGCAUCGUUGGUGUCAGAUUUUAUUAAGGGAAUGCUUUAUCUUCAUGAUAGUGAGUUACGAGUGCACGGGAAUUUAAAAUCUUCAAAUUGUUUGAUAACAAGUAGAUGGGUAUUGCAAGUUUCGGAUUUUGGUUUGCACGAAUUACGUUCAAAUGCCAAUACUACUACAAUUACAGAUUAUGAAUAUUAUAGAAAUCUCUUAUGGAAAGCUCCUGAACUUCUUCGUCAGACAUCUAAUUUUCCAAAGAUUAGUCAGAAGGGCGAUGUGUAUUCAUUCGCUAUUAUCUUACACGAAAUUAUGCAAAGACAAGGACCAUUUGGUAAUAUAAUGCUGCCUCCUAAAGAUAUUGUAUUAAAAGUUAUGAAUGGACCUUCAGAGACAGGAGAAAUCUUUCGUCCAUCAUUAGAAGAACUCGAUUGCCAAGAUUAUAUUAUCAAUACGAUAAAAGAUUGUUGGGCAGAAAAAGCCGAAAAUAGACCCGAUUUUAGACAAAUUCGGGAAAAAUUAAAAGCAAUGCGUCAAGGAAUGAAGACCAAUAUAGUAGACAAUAUGAUGGAAAUGAUGGAGAAAUAUGCGAAUAAUCUAGAAGAAUUAGUAGAUGAAAGGACAAGCCAGCUACAGGAAGAACAGAAGAAAACAGAAGCUUUGCUAUAUCGCAUGUUACCUAAAUCAGUUGCUGCUCAAUUAAUAAAAGGGGAAGUAGUUCGUCCCGAAUCUUUUGAUGCUGUAACUAUAUAUUUUAGUGAUAUUGUUGGCUUUACUGAGAUGUCAGCUGAUAGUACGCCUAUGGAAGUGGUGACAUUUUUGAAUGAUUUAUACACAAUAUUUGAUGAUAUAAUUAGUCAUUACAACGUUUACAAAGUCGAAACAAUAGGAGAUGCUUAUAUGGUUGUAAGUGGAUUACCUCUUCGAAAUGAUGAUCUUCACGCUUCUGAGAUAGCUUCUAUGGCCCUUGAACUUCUAGAAACAGUGAAAACUUUUAAAAUAAGGCAUAGACCAAAUCAUCUUUUAAAAUUAAGAAUUGGCAUACAUACAGGUCCAGUUGUAGCUGGAGUUGUUGGAUUAACUAUGCCCAGGUAUUGUCUUUUUGGUGAUACAGUUAAUACAGCUUCUAGAAUGGAAUCUAAUGGAGAAGCAUUGAAAAUACACAUUAGCUUACAGUGCAGAGAUUACUUACAGAAACUCGGUGGGUAUAUAAUAGAGGAAAGAGGAAUAAUUAAGAUGAAGUUUCAUAGAAAUUAUGUCAGCAAUGUACAGAAUUGGAAAUACGAACAAGAAAUCGCUGGUCUUCUAUGGCGGAUAACAUUCGACGAUAUGCAUAGACAAACAUCAAAUGGUCUUCUCUCAUCCAACAGCAGAUCUAGUUUAAGUCAGAUGUCAGUAGAAUCGAAAACAGCGGGACAAGUGUUUACUCAAAUCGCUCUGUAUCGAGGAAUGUGGGUGGCAGUUAAACAAUUUCAUUAUCAUAGAAGGAUUGCUGAUUUAUCUAGAGAUACUAAGAAAGAAAUGAAAAUCUUAAGAGAAUUACACCACGAUAACAUAAAUCCUUUCAUCGGUGCUUGUAUUCAAGGUAACUGCAUCUACAUUGUGACAGAAUACUGCAUGAAGGGUAGUUUGCAGGAUAUUCUAGAAAAUGAAGACUUGAAACUGGAUAAAAUAUUCAUAGCAUCGUUGGUGUCAGAUUUUAUUAAGGGAAUGCUUUAUCUUCAUGAUAGUGAGUUACGAGUGCACGGGAAUUUAAAAUCUUCAAAUUGUUUGAUAACAAGUAGAUGGGUAUUGCAAGUUUCGGAUUUUGGUUUGCACGAAUUACGUUCAAAUGCCAAUACUACUACAAUUACAGAUUAUGAAUAUUAUAGAAAUCUCUUAUGGAAAGCUCCUGAACUUCUUCGUCAGACAUCUAAUUUUCCAAAGAUUAGUCAGAAGGGCGAUGUGUAUUCAUUCGCUAUUAUCUUACACGAAAUUAUGCAAAGACAAGGACCAUUUGGUAAUAUAAUGCUGCCUCCUAAAGAUAUUGUAUUAAAAGUUAUGAAUGGACCUUCAGAGACAGGAGAAAUCUUUCGUCCAUCAUUAGAAGAACUCGAUUGCCAAGAUUAUAUUAUCAAUACGAUAAAAGAUUGUUGGGCAGAAAAAGCCGAAAAUAGACCCGAUUUUAGACAAAUUCGGGAAAAAUUAAAAGCAAUGCGUCAAGGAAUGAAGACCAAUAUAGUAGACAAUAUGAUGGAAAUGAUGGAGAAAUAUGCGAAUAAUCUAGAAGAAUUAGUAGAUGAAAGGACAAGCCAGCUACAGGAAGAACAGAAGAAAACAGAAGCUUUGCUAUAUCGCAUGUUACCUAAAUCAGUUGCUGCUCAAUUAAUAAAAGGGGAAGUAGUUCGUCCCGAAUCUUUUGAUGCUGUAACUAUAUAUUUUAGUGAUAUUGUUGGCUUUACUGAGAUGUCAGCUGAUAGUACGCCUAUGGAAGUGGUGACAUUUUUGAAUGAUUUAUACACAAUAUUUGAUGAUAUAAUUAGUCAUUACAACGUUUACAAAGUCGAAACAAUAGGAGAUGCUUAUAUGGUUGUAAGUGGAUUACCUCUUCGAAAUGAUGAUCUUCACGCUUCUGAGAUAGCUUCUAUGGCCCUUGAACUUCUAGAAACAGUGAAAACUUUUAAAAUAAGGCAUAGACCAAAUCAUCUUUUAAAAUUAAGAAUUGGCAUACAUACAGGUCCAGUUGUAGCUGGAGUUGUUGGAUUAACUAUGCCCAGGUAUUGUCUUUUUGGUGAUACAGUUAAUACAGCUUCUAGAAUGGAAUCUAAUGGAGAAGCAUUGAAAAUACACAUUAGCUUACAGUGCAGAGAUUACUUACAGAAACUCGGUGGGUAUAUAAUAGAGGAAAGAGGAAUAAUUAAGAUGAAGGGAAAAGGUGAAGUGAAAACUUUUUGGCUAUUAGGCCAGUGCAAUCCAAGAGCGCACAGAACAUUACCUCAUGAUCAAAUAUUACCUCAACCACUUUUCAGUGCUGUUAGAGACUCGGAAAUAAGGAGGAGAAGUCCAAAAUUAGAUCAUCCUCGUAGAGGAUCGUUAGCGGUGCGUAACGACGCGUGUCAUUUAGAAGAUGUAGUUGCAGCAAUGUCUCACGGAUCAAUUCCAUCUUAUUUGAGGAAUUGUGGUCAAGAUAGUCCCUAUAAUGGUAGGACAUUAAAUACACAAAAUUGUCACGACAAUAAAGUUCAAAACGUAGAAGAAAGAACGGAAGAAGCGAUGACAGAGAUAAUACCAAUCACCUCAAACGGCACAACUCCACAUUUAGAAGAUGGUGCCACCAUAAUACCUUUAUUAUCUGCAGAAGAAACGAUAAACGAAAAGAAACAUUCAAAGAUGCACAAUAAAUAUUGGAGAUCGUUAGACGAACUGCACAAAAGUAAACCUAAUAUUGUCACAUGGUUUGCUGGACUAUUUAGCCAGAAAGGACCAUAUAUAGAAACUCACAGAUUGAAUCAUCAAACAGAAAGUGCCAUUUAAUACAGGAUAUAUUAUUUUGUAUUUCUUCUUAUUGAACCUUUUAACAUUAUGAGGACAAAAUAAUUUCCAUUGUUAACUGUUAUUUUCACGUAAGUGACUGUAAUUCAUUUUCAUGUAUCAACAACAUUCAUCUUACACAAUUUACACAAAUGAACGUUUUACAUAUCUUUUUAAUCAAGCUGCAAAUAAUCCUUGAAAUGCAAGCUUGCAAUGUAUUCUACAAUGCAAGUUACAAUGUAUGCUGCAAUUUAAAUUUGCAAAUAAUCUCAAGCCUAACAUUAUGUAUUUUAUUUAUGCAAAUCAGAUUUUUUUUUGCAGUUUUAAAACAGUAAUUUUUUUCGAUAUUAAAUUGAUUUAUUCACAUUAUACAUUUAUAUAUAUAUCAUAAUCCAAAUAACAAUGAGUGAGACACAUGAAAA